UGUUCCUGCCGGUGCCUACCGCUUCGCCCCGUGAUGUUGUCUCUGGACUUCUUGGACGAUGUUCGGCGGAUGAAUAAGCGGCAGCUUUAUUACCAGGUGCUGAACUUUGGAAUGAUCGUUUCCUCUGCGCUGAUGAUCUGGAAGGGGCUGAUGGUGGUGACGGGCAGCGAGAGUCCUAUCGUGGUUGUGCUUAGCGGCAGCAUGGAGCCUGCAUUUCACAGGGGAGACCUCCUCUUCCUAACCAAUCGAAUCGAAGAGCCGAUCAGAGUGGGUGAAAUCGUGGUCUUUAGGAUAGAAGGACGGGAGAUCCCAAUUGUGCAUCGCGUGUUGAAAAUUCAUGAAAAGCAAAACGGAGACAUCAAGUUCUUGACGAAGGGAGAUAACAACGCCGUGGACGACAGAGGGCUAUACAAGCAGGGGCAGUUCUGGCUGGAGAAGAAAGAUGUAGUGGGGAGAGCAAGAGGAUUCGUGCCAUAUAUUGGAAUAGUGACCAUCUUAAUGAAUGAUUACCCCAAAUUCAAGUACACCGUCCUCUUUCUACUGGGCUUGUUCGUGCUGGUCCAUCGAGAGUAGCUCCGCUGCCGCAAAGGCCACAUCGAGACACCAAGUAGCCAGUGGGGUGUAAUGUGUAUACAUUUCGCUGCUUAUUAACCGAAUUGGGUUUGGCUUCCGGUUUUGUUUUUCUACUGCUGUGUAACAAGAAGGUUAAGCCACCAGUAUUUUGAAACGGUUUGUCAUAUUUUAGCAUUUUUGUACAUCAAGUGAAUUUUUAUAUUAAAAGUUUGAAGUCAAAGCA